AUGAAUCCCCUCAUCUCAAGGAGGCCUAUACUGAGACAGAAACUCGCCACCGUAACCGCAGCCCUUACGUUCGCCAACGCUAUGCAUAUCCAGUCGAUUCCCAUGUGGGUGGGCAGUAGCAACAACUACGCCUACCUGGUCAAGGACGACAAGAGCAACGACGCCGUCAUCAUCGACCCGGCCAACCCGCCCGAAGUCACCCCCGUGCUGAAGAAGGCCAUCGACGGCGGCGAGAUCAACUUGACCGCCAUCGUGAACACGCACCACCACUGGGACCACGCGGGCGGAAACAAGAAGCUGCUCAACGAGCUCGGCCUGCCGAAGCUGACCAUCUUCGGCGGCAAGGACUGCGAGGGCGUGACCAAGACGCCCGGGGACGGCGAGUCGUUCAAGAUCGGCAGCAUCGCCGUCAAGGCGCUGUACACGCCGUGCCACACGCAGGACAGCAUCUGCUGGUUCAUGCAGGACGGGGAGCAGAAGGUCGUGUUCACGGGGGAUACGCUCUUCCACAGCGGCUGCGGUAAGUUCUUCGAGGGCACCGCCGAGGAGAUGCACAAGGCGCUCAAUAAGACCUUGGCCGCUUUACCUGAUGACACGGUCGUUUUCCCCGGGCACGAGUACACCAAGUCGAACGUCAAGUUCGCCGCGUCGGUGCUGCAGAACGAGGCCAUCCUGAAGCUGCAGAAGUUCGCGGAGAACAACAAGGAGACGCAGGGCAAGUUCACGAUCGGUGACGAGAAGAAACACAACGUCUUUAUGAGAGUUGAUGACCCCGAAAUCCUCAAGGUCACGGGCGAGCAGGAGCCCGUCGCCGUCAUGGCCAAGCUCCGCGAGAUGAAGAACAACUUCAACGCGCGUGAGAUCAUUUGCCUGCUAGGCAAUGAUUACGGUCCCGGCGCAUCCAUCGUCAUCGCCAACCUCUCGUCCAUUAUCGUCAGUCCUCCGCGACAACAUCCACCCGCGAAACCGCUGCACUGCACCGUCAACACACACAAUACAAUAUACACUUUGCGAAAACCGCGCGAAGACGCACGAAGAAUCAAUUCCAUAAUGCCCGCAAAGCGCAAACCACCCGCCGCCUCCUCGACGUCCCACGACCCCCCUCGCCCGCGCGCCUCGAAGCUCGCAAAGGAACACAACAUCUCGGCCCACGAGGAGCGCGAGAUCCGCGAGGCCUUCUCGCUCUUCGCGGAGCCGGUCCGCGGCGGGCCCAAGGAGGGGGUGAUGCCGACGUCCGACGUGCGGUCGGCGCUCGUGGCGCUGGGGAUCCCGCCGUCGUCGCGCGCCGAGCAGGCCGAGUUCGUGGAGAUCCUGGACCCGGAGGGCGAGGGCUUCGUCGAGUACGAGCCCUUCUUCGCCGUGUGCGCGUUGAAAUACCACCAGCGCGAGAGCAGCGCCGGCGGGGAGGAGAGGCGGCGCGAGGUCGACGAGGCGUUUCGGCUGUUCACGGGCGACGGCGGGAGGGGGAUGAUCACGAUGGCGGAUCUGAAGAGGGUUGCCGGGGUGCUGAGGGAGGAUGUCAAGGAGGAGGUGUUGCGGGAUAUGAUUCUUGAGGCGAACGGCGGCGCCGGGGUCGGGAGGGGGGUCAAGAGGGAGGAGUUUGAAGAGGUUAUGCGCCGGGCUGGGGUCUGGCGGUGA